ACUCUUUUCCCUCACUCUCAAACCCCCCCCCCCAAAAAAAAAAACCCACAAACUACAAAGAAAAAGCAAACAAAAAUGAGAGCAAAGCGUUAGAGAGAGAACAAAAGAGAAAAGGAGAGCGAUAUUUUUUCUUUGGCUAACAAAAAAAAUAAAGGACCCGAGAAUGGCGAGCGGGUGGGUCAAAUCUUUGCAAUGCAAAUCGAGAGCAUAUGAAGAUGUUUAUCACCCCAGCCCUAAGUAUUUGAUCCCUAGUACCAGUUGUACACGAAGUUCUCAGAGCAUCAAGGAUGUCAUCCAAACGGCCAAGAAAAAACCCAAGAAAUCGGACACCAAACCCAACCCCAAACUGCUUUCGAGGUCCAGCAGUAAACCCGAAUCCGAUUUGAAUAGUACUCCGCCUCCGCCUCGACCUCGCCGGAGUAGUUCAAUGCCUUCCCGUGCCGUUAGGAACCCUGACCCUGUCCUGCCUGCACUGACCGAACUGCCUGAGGGUCACCCUUCGAGGAAUGUCGUGGAGAUUAUUUUCCAUACGAGUUGGAGCCCCAAGGCUUUCACGGGUCGGAUCGAGAUGAUUUUUAAAGUUCAAAAUGGACCAAGGACGGUGAGCAGGUUCGAGGAGUACCGAGAGACUGUGAAAACUCGGUCCAGCUCGGGCUCGGGUGGCCCGGCUUCUGCCGACGAGGAAAAUGCGAGGUGCGUAGCCGACGGUAACGAGGUAAUGCGGUUCCAUUGCUUGGGUCCCACUGCAGGGAGCUGCGGAAUGAACGAAAAGUGGCUGUUUUCCGGCGGGAAAGGUGCUGCGAUUUGCACGUAUUCCGGUAGCGGCGGGGCUCACGAGAGGGCGGGAGGUGGGAUGGGGAGGAAGGCGAUGUUGGUUUGCCGGGUUAUUGCUGGUCGAGUCUCGAAGCGGGUAGGGUUGGGGUACGAGACGUUGCUGGAGGGGCGAGUGGGGUGUGACUCAGUGAGUGGAGACAACGGCGAGUUGCUGGUGUUUGAUCCACGUGCAGUGUUGCCUUGCUUUCUUAUUAUCUACAAAUUGUAAAAAUACUUUGUUUUUUUUAAAAAAAAAAGAAAGAAAGAAAGAGGAUUUAAAUGUUGGUUAAAAUUAUUAUUUUUUGUGUGAGGGAGGGUGCAUCGUCUUUAUUGCAUUUAUCAACACAAUUUUUAUCU